AUGGCCAACAGCUCACUCAGCAACCAGACAAUGCGUGCAUCAAUGCGUGCAUUUGGUGAUGAUUUCCAACCAGAAGUCACACACCUAGUCAAAACUGGAUGGACGGAUAGUCAAAUACGAGAACAUAUCAAAGCGACAUACGAUAUAUCAGUCUCCCAACGAACAUUAACUUGCAGGAAGGAAGACUGGGGGCUAAUUCUUCAAGCCGCUGAAUACGCAGCCCAGCUUGAAGAUUGCUUCCAAGGUGAGGACUUCUUCAACUCACUUGGGAUUAGUCUUUUAACAACAAUCUAUAUUAAUAAGUGUAUCAACACUUAA